CGUGUCAAAAGUUGAUUGGUCUCAUUUGUUUUGUAUUGUUUUUUUUUCUUUUCUCUUUCAAUUCCACACAAACGAAACCAAAAAAGCAUGAAUCGAUUUUUCUUUUGGUACGUGAAGAGAAUUGGAUUCCAAUUUCAAGAUGGUACCAGCGUGCCAGAUGAGUUUUGGGUAGGGAACGAAGAGCUUGUUAAUAUGUUUGUUGUUUAUCUUAUAAAUUACAUACUCCAUGGCCGUACUAAUAACCGUGGCGAUGGUUUGCUUACUAAGGAUUAUUUUAGAGUUGUGAACUCGAGGGAUUUGCUUUUCAACGAUUGUGGUGACAGAGUUGCGCAGUUGCUUCACGUAGAAUUAGUUCCUCCUUAUUAUUAUCAGUACGAUGCUCUCUGCUCAUCAACAAGUUUUGAUUGUCAAUACUCAUUUGCUGUUUCUUCAUGAUUCAACUUUGUCUAUAGUAAGACUGCAACUUUGUCUAUAGCCUUUCUUCACCUUUUGCCAACGCAAUCCCCAGUUUUGUUUUUGUGUGCAAUUCUGUUUCUUACUUAGUUUUUCAUACUCUUGUUGAAGCUCAUUGUAAUCACUCUGAAGCUCAGCCAUCUUAUUAUUCAUAUUUUCCAGUUCUUCUUUAAGUGUCUUGAUUUCAUCAUCUCUACAACCUGCAGAAUUUUCUUCCUUUGCCUCCAACUGCUCGUCUUGCAUCAUCAUCCUCAUCUUUACUUGUUCCGUGAAAAGCACUUGAGUAUUGAUCUUGUUUUAUUAUAUGAUGUUUAGCUUUAUGUCAGUCACUUGUAUAUUACUCUUUGAAUUCAAGAAAGGCUAACAGAUUUGUUCUGUUUUA